AUGACCGACUCAAACUUGUUUUCUCCUAAACCGAACCAAAUAGUGAGCACCACGGAGGCCUCAGAACGCGCUGACUCGCUUGGCACGAGUGCAGAGUCCGGCGCGCUGCGCAGCGACAGCAGCACAAGCCCAGGAGGAGUGGGGCGACGCUCGCCACUGGACUUGUUAUCCAGCGGACGCAACGGCUACCCGAGCACAGAACUCGAGCCGGUUCAGGAUGAAGAACACCUUGGUGCAGCUCUGGAUCAAGCGUUGAACUAUGAAUUACGUAUCAUGGCUGGGAACUCGAACCGCGAGCUCGCUGCUGCGAUUGCCCGCAACCUAAAGAUCGAGCUGAUGGAAGCUGAUGUUCGGCGCUUCUCCGACGGUGAGAUCUAUGUGUCGAUCAAAGAGAACGUACGGGGUAAGGACGUUUUCGUCGUCCAAGGAACUUCGCCGCCGGUGAAUGACAACAUCAUGGAGCUGCUCCUCAUGAUCGAUACGUUGAAGCGAGCGUCGGCGAAGCGCAUCACCGCUGUGAUGCCUUACUUUGGCUACGGUCGUCAAGAUCGAAAGUGUGCGCCUCGAGUUCCCAUAUCCGCUCGCUUGAUGGCGGAUCUUCUCGAAGUGAGCGGUGCGCAUCGCGUGCUUGCAUUCGAACUCCACGCUGGGCAGAUCCAGGGCUUCUUCCGGAUCCCUGUGGAUCAUAUGUAUGCAGUUCCGGUUUUUGUCAGCUACCUGCUGGAAAAUAAUUUUGACGGCCUCGUGGAUCCUGUCAUUGUCUCGCCGGAUGCUGGCGGUAUGGAGCGCGCUCGGGCGUUUGCCAAGCGCUUGAAUGCGUCGCUCGCGAUCAUCGACAAGCGCCGGAGCGGGCCCAAUGUCGCACACGUGAUGCACAUCAUUGGUGAAGUCCACGAGCGUGAUUGCAUCAUCAUUGAUGAUAUGGUGGACACCGCUGGGACGUUGACUGAGGCGGCCAAGGCUCUGAAAGACCACGGCGCGAAGAAAGUGCACGCGUACGCGGUUCACCCUGUAUUGAGUGGUCCAGCGCUUGAUCGCAUUCGCGAGUCUGCGAUCGACAAGGUCGUUGUUACGAACUCAAUCAUCGUAAGUGAUGAACGGAAGCGGAAGAGUGGCAACAAGAUCGUGCAGUUACCAGUGGAUAUACUGUUCAGUGACUGCAUCAAGCGCAUCCAUCGGGAGCAAAGCGUAUCCUCUUUAUUUGAUCAGUGA